GGCAAAUGUCAAGUGAGCCAAGCUGGACACAGGGAGCGUAAGUGGGGAGGGGGGCCCGGAUAAUGGGGAGAGGAUCCCGAUUCAUCCCCUUCCGCUUUUCCCGUCCCUCCCUGCUGCAGGUGGAGAUGUCGGCUGAGGCCACAACGGCCCCGCUCCCAGCCCCCGAGGCCUGCGCCCCUGUGGUGCCCAUGCAGCACCAGCCUACGGGGGGAGCGGUGGGUGUGACCUUUGACCUAAAGCCCUUGAAUCCCAGCAGCAAGUAUGUGAAGUUGAACGUGGGGGGGUCCCUGCACUACACCACGGUGCAGACCCUCACCAAGCAGGACACCAUGCUCAAGGCCAUGUUCAGCGGGAGAAUGGAAGUGCUCACUGACAGCGAAGGCUGGAUCCUGAUCGACCGCAGCGGGCGUCACUUUGGCACCAUCCUCAACUACCUGCGGGAUGGCUCUGUCUCGCUCCCCGAGUCGCAGCGGGAGCUGGAGGAGGUGCUGUCCGAGGCACGGUACUACCUCAUCCAGGGCCUGGUGGAGGACUGCCAGCUCGCUCUGCAGCAAAAGAGCGAUGCCUAUGAUCCUCUGUGUCUCAUUCCCAUGGUGACAUCCCCCAAGGAGGAGCAGCAGAUCAUCUCCAGCUGCUCCAAGCCAGUGGUGAAAUUGUUGCAUAACAGAAGUAACAACAAGUAUUCGUAUACCAGUAACUCGGACGAUAACCUGCUGAAGAACAUUGAGCUGUUUGAUAAGCUGGCGCUGCGCUUCAACGGGCGGGUCCUCUUCAUCAAGGACGUGCUGGGGGACGAGAUCUGCUGCUGGUCCUUCUAUGGGCAGGGCCGCAAAAUCGCCGAGGUCUGCUGCACCUCCAUAGUCUACGCCACCGAGAAGAAGCAGACCAAGGUGGAGUUCCCCGAGGCCCGGAUCUUCGAGGAGACCCUGAACAUUCUGAUCUACGAGACCCCACGGGUCCCCGACAAGGCGCUCCUGGAAGCGACGGGCGGGGCGGCCGGAGGAGGGGGCGGCCCCCACCGGGCUGACGAAGAGGAUGGGCGGGAGCACCGCGUCCGGCGCAUCCAUGUCCGGCGCCACAUCAUGCACGACGAGCGCCCCCACGGCCACCAAGCCGUCUUCAAGGACUGAGCCCCACGGCCCCGUCCAGGUGCCAAACAGCAGGGGUGGGGCGCCCCGCCUCUCUGCCCCACCCCUGCUGCCUCUCUGACCUUGACCCCUCUCCGCUCUUUGGGAGCUCUCUGCCUUGUGGCCUCUGACCUUUGACCCCUUUCUUCUCAGAUUUGACUCCCCUGCAGUAGAGACCUGGGUAACACCCUGGACUGCGCAGGGGAGAGGGACAUGGGAGGGGGCUCCUCGGAGUCCCCUCCUGCUUCUUAAUUAAUUACCUAGGCACCAACACCCAUGUUUAAUGAGCCUAAUUCCUUUGCUUUUGUGGGUGUGUGGAAUACCUGGUCUGUCCCCCAUCCCGCUCCAUCCUGGAUAGAUACCCGUGCCACAGCUGUAGCUCUAACCCAGCCCGGCACUGCAGGUCAGGCCGGGAUCAGUCACCCACUGCCCCCCGGGGGCGGGAGACAGCAGGGAGGCCAGUGCUGGCUUAUUGUGUGGUUGGGGGGGCUGGCUGAGCGGGGAGCUGCCAGCUACUCCAGCCCGGCCUCGCCCAGCAGGGGGCGCUGUGGGGUGUGGGGAGCUCCUGGCUACUCCAGCCCAGCCUUUCCCAGCAGGGGGCGCUGUGGGGAGUUCUGGCAAUGGGAGUUUUGCUGCCUGUCCCACCCUCCCUUGCUUCUGGGGGUGAGGGAGUGACCCCCACUUACCAGCCUCGAAACUCUCCUUUCCUUGUCAAACUCCUGGUAUGUUCCAACCCACCAGACUUCACACCCCUUUUCUACAAAUGACAUGGCAUGACCCUAACCUUCCUACUCUGCCCUCCACGUGAUACAUGGUACAACCCCGCUACUGUCCUUACCACAUACAUGAAAUUUACAUUUUCCCC